AUGGCACCACUACCAUACCGACUCAACGCAGCUCUCACCGUCACUGGUGAUAUGCUGAGUACCCAUACUGUCGCCAUGCCACUCAACAUGGCCAUGUCUACAGCGUGUGACCAUCAACCCGUUCCCACUAUGUGGAACAACGACCUCCCAGUUCCAACAAACUGGGUUAAUGCCGUACCUACCUCUACUGUCGAGUAUGUCUCUAUAUUGGUGACGCGCCAAGAGCCUGAGAAUUCCGGAUCGGAAGUCGAAUAUGUGGAUGAGUCUUCGAGUCCUAUUGAGGGAGAUGGCGUCGACGCUGGUGAUGAGACCAGUGUUGAUGAGACUCCUAUCGACGAUGAAAACAGCGGUGACUGGCAGACUGCUGGCGAUGAUGGUGACGAGAUCACCGAUGAGUCCAACAACGACAAUGAAUCACAGAACGGUGAGGACGGCAGCAAUGACGGGACUACCAAGGAUAACGACUCUGAAGAUGUCGAUGACGCUUCUGAGCCUGUCGCAGUUGCAGGUACAGCAGCCUCAGCCGAGACCAUUGCAUCCGACCUGCAAGAAAAGUAUCCCGACAUGCCUACUUCCAUUGACGAAUGUAUCAACACCGAAGAUGAGAUCUUCACACACACGGACGAAAAUGGCAAUGUUAUUGACACUGUCAACUGCACAGCCUUGGCAAACAUGGAGACCUGGUACCUCUUGCCUUGCGAUGACAAAUGUCGCAAGGAUCUCAAGAAGGUCAUUCCUGCUGUCGUGAUUGAAAGCGGAAUUGCUGGUGGACUACUGCCUACUAUCUUGAACAACCACGGAUUGUGGAGCAGUAGUCCAGCUACCCAGACUGCUGUUGUUGAGUGGCUUACUACUCAGCUGCAGCAAGUUCGUAACCGUCUUUCUACUGACUGGUUUGACUGGUCUUCUGUGAGACACUCUAUCAAGGAGCUCUUGACCCACCCACCGGUGGAUACUCCAGACUUUCCAUCUGAAAUCGAGCCAUUCGACAGCGAUCCAUCUGACAGCGAUCCAUUCGAAGACGAACCAUAUGAAGUUGAUGACACUCCAUAUGAAGGUCCGUUCGACUCUGAUAUACUUCGCGAAGCCGAACUUGACGUCGAGGAAGCCAAAGACCACCUCGAGACAGUCAAGAAGUGGGGGGAUGAAACCGAAGUCAGAGCAGCCGAAGAAGAUCUCGUCGAAGCAGAAGAGCUGUUGAAAAUGGUUCAAGAGAAUAUGGCAACAGAUCUUCCCGAUGAUUAUCGUGUGCCAAAGGACCCCAAUGAGGAUAUUGUGCCAGAGGACCCAGAGGAUAAUGUGCCAGAGGAUUCAAAUGAGGAUAUUUUGCCAGAGGACCCAACAGAAGCACCCGACGAGAGUACUGUGCCGGAGGAUCCAAUGCAACCACCUCCAUCCAUCGAAGAAGAAACCGCCACCGCAACGCGAGAGCUCGAAAAAGCCCUUGAACAAGUCCGCGAAACCUACAAGGACUAUCAAGAAGUCAAGAACAACCCUGACGCCUCAAGUGCGGACAAAUGGCUUCGCAGACAGGAUUGGCUCGAAGCCAAGAAAGAGUUGAAAGUGAUUAGAAAAGCUAUCCGCGACCAUCGUCUUCCUGUCGAUGAUCCUGGCGCCGCCGACCCAACCGCUAAUGAUGCUGACGCUGCUCAACCCGCCAAAGCAAUCGACCAAGAGGAGGUCGCAAAGGCUCAGAAGAAGGUUGAUGAACUCAAGGAAGCCAGCGGCCAAGAUGCACAAAAAGCCGAGUCACUGGAUGAGGAUAUCCAGAACAUGCUUGACAAUCCACCAGAGGAAGGGACAUCACCAGAGGCAGUCGAAACGUACGAAGAGGGUCUGAAAAAUCUACAAAACUUGAAGCAGUCGACAUUGGAACACAUGGCCAAGCUCAAAAAGGAGUUGAGGAUUGCGGAUAGAGCUCUUAAGAAGGCAAAGGGUGAGCUCAAGGUACAGUUUCCAGAUGAUCCUGUCGAUGGCGAGCAGGACAACCCAUACGAUACUGGCAAUGACGAGCCGUCAAAGCCAGAUGACGCUGUCGAGCCAUCAGAACCAGAUGACACUAUCGGCGAGGAUGACUACUAUAACGGGUUGGACGGGUCUGAUGACCAUCGGGAGGACGUCGGAGAGAACGACGAGCCUACUGAGGUUGAUGAGCCCUCUGCACCAGGGUCUACAGAGGCCGAGGGCCCAAGCGAGGUGGACGAACCUACCGAGGUUGAUGAGCCUAAUGAGGUCGACGAGGGUUCCAAGAGCGAUGGUUCUUCUGAUGGCGAUGGAGGCGUUGAGAUCGACGUGCCUGCUCCAGGUGGCGGAGCCAUCGUCCCUCCUGGGGUGGUGCCUCCUCCCCCACCACCUGUGAUCCCUAUCCCUGGCUACGGAGACGUCACUGCACCGACCAAGGCUCUUCAAGGGUUAGCCGGAGUUCUCAAAGACGCUGCUGAAGGACUCUGGCAUCUGACGCAUAGCAAGAAGAAGGACCCUAAAGCUAUCAAGAAGCAGGAGAAGAAGGUUGAGGAAGCCAAGAAGAAGUUGGAGGAGGAGCAAGAGAAAGAGGCCAAGAGAGAAGAGAAGAGAAAGCAAGAGAAGAAGAAAAAGGAGCAGGAGCAAAAGAAGCAUGCCAAGGAGCAAAAGAAGCACGACAAGGAGGAACAACAGGCUGCAGAGGACAAGAAAAAGUCCAAGACAUCAUCGACAACCGCCAAACACUCAGCCAUCUCUACCACCAAGUCUUCUUUCACAAGAAAGGCCACUCCUACCUCGACAACAAAGACUACUUCUUCGUCGACCACAAAAUCAACUUCUACCUCGACAACAACAACCAAAACACCAGAACCAACGGUCCACCACAAGCAACACGACGCCGAAAUAACCUUCCACGGCAAACACUCCCACAAGUUUGAACUCUACGGCAAAGACUGGGCACGCGGUAAACACGACGCCGACAAACUGCGCUCCAAUAUGGAGUCCUGUGGUAUGGAAAUCAAAGAUUGGGAAUUCUCAUAUGCAGCCGACAAGCCAGAGAUCAAGACGUCAGACUGGAGUUUCUACGCCAAGGGAGAACUUGUUCGCAAGACUGCCGCUGAUGUGAGAUGUCUGAAUAAAGUCAUCAAAGAAGCCAACGGACCUGAAAACCUGAUCAGCGAGACUGAGGGUGUCGACAAGACAGAUGACAAGAGCGACAACAAGGGCGACGGUGCCGACACAGCAGGAGUCCAAGCUCAAAUCGCAUUUACCGAUAAGCACUUCACCUUGUACGGCAAAGGCUUUGCCAAAGACAAAGAUUCUGGCGAACAACUCAAGCAUAAGUUUGAAGACUGCUCCAAAGUCAAGGAUUGGAAGUUUUACACUCAGAAAAAGGAUCACGAUAUGCAGCUCAAGAAACAAGGUUGGGACUUUUAUGCCGAGGGUGAGGUCAAGAAGAUCAAGAGAAAGUGUCUCAACGAGGCUAUUCAAGGUAUGGGUGGGCCCAUGGAGGCUAUCGCGGAAGGUACUGUUUAA